AAUCGAUUUCCAAUUAAUUAAGUAGCAAAAGCCAGUACAGCAUCGUCAUGGGCUCAGUCGUGGAAGAGCAGGUAGAGACGAGGCCGCCCAGCAAGGAAGAGCAGGAAGAAGAGGAAGAAGCAUGUUUGUAUGCCAUGCAAUUGGCCAGCUUCUCGGUGCUGCCCAUGGUGCUAAAAUCUGCCAUCGACCUCGACCUUCUGGAGAUCAUCGCCAAGGCCGGUGCUGGGGCGCAGGUCUCGGCUUCGGAGAUCGCGGUUCACUUGCCCACCCACAACCCAGAUGCUCCAGUGAUGCUGGACCGAAUCCUACGUCUCCUGGCCAGCUACUCCAUCCUCACCUGCUCCCAUUGCACCCUCGACGACGGCCGCGUAGAGAGGCUCUACGGUCUCGCUCCUGUGUCUAGGUUUUUGGUCAAGAACCAGGAUGGAGUGUCCCUCGCUCCCUUGGUUCUCAUGAAUCAAGACAAGGUCCUCAUGGAGAGCUGGUACUACCUGAAGGACGCGGUGUUGGAGGGUGGAAUUCCGUUCAACAAGGCCCAUGGAAUGACUUCAUUCGAAUACCACGGCACAGAUCCCAGGUUCAAUAAAGUGUUCAACAGCGGAAUGUCCAACCAUUCCACCAUCACCAUGAAGAAGAUCCUCGACACCUACAAGGGAUUCGAGGGACUCACCUCCCUGGUGGAUGUCGGCGGCGGAAUCGGGGCUACAGUACACAUGAUCGUGUCCAAAUACCCAUCUAUCAGGGGCAUCAACUUCGAUUUGCCCCACGUCAUCGACGAUGCACCCUCCUACACAGGCGUCGAACACGUUGGGGGUGACAUGUUCGUCCACAUCCCAAAAGCCGACGCCGUCUUCAUGAAAUGGAUCUGCCAUGACUGGAGCGACGACCACUGCUUGAAAUUCCUGAGGAAAUGCUACGAAGCACUGCCCGACGAUGGCAAGGUCAUCGUGGUAGAGUGCAUCCUUCCGUCCACCCCGGAGACCACCCGCGCUGCGCAGAGCGUCAUCCACAUCGAUUGCAUCAUGCUGGCUCACAACCCUGGGGGCAAAGAGAGGACCCAGAAAGAGUUCGAGGCCCUCGCCAAAGGUGCCGGAUUCCCUGGAUUCCGAGUUGCCUGCGCCGCUUAUAGCACUUGGGUCAUGGAAUUCUUGAAGAAGCCCUGAUCCAUUUUCUCCCUUCAUCGAUUAAUUUAAUUUGGUGGGUGCCUGGUACUUGGGAUUUUGGAUUACU